AUGACUGAACACUUUUUUGAAGGAGCUGAAAAAUUAUUGGAAAUUUGGUUUACUACAAGUAAUAAUAAUUAUUUGGAUAACGAAAUACUAUCUAAUGAUUUACGUAACAUACCACGGGAAAUCAUUGAAGAAGUAUUAAAUUUGGUUAAUUGUAAAGUUCUUAAAUAUGCACAAUCGGCUACAACGGAUACAUAUGUAUUAAGUGAAUCAAGCAUGUUUAUAUUUCAAACACAUUUUAUUUUAAAAACAUGCGGUGAAACAACAUUACUUCAUGCUGUUCAGCCAAUGUUGGAGCUUGCACGAGAUUAUUGUGGAUUCGAUAUUGUUGAUCAACUCUUCUAUAGUCGUCGUAAAUUUCUUCGACCUGAAUUGCAAAAAACACCACACACAAGUUUCGAUCAUGAAAUUGCUUAUCUUGACUCAAUUUUCGCAGGAGGUUGCGCCUAUGUUCUCGGUCGUUCUAAUGUUGAUUGUUGGUAUUUGUAUACACUUAAUAAAACCCGCAUUAAUGCAAAAUCGGAUCAAACAUUAGAGGUCAUUAUGACCGAAUUGGAUCCGGAAAAGAUGAAAAUUUUCUAUCAAGAAUAUACAAGUUCAGCUACUGAAGCAACAAAAAAAGCCGGCAUUGAUAAAAUAUUUCCAAAUGCAAAAAUUUUUGAUUAUUUAUUUGAUCCUUGUGGUUAUUCAAUGAAUGGUUUAUUGCCCGAUGGUCAUUAUUUUACAAUACAUAUAACACCGGAACCUGAUUUUUCAUAUGUUAGCUUUGAAACAAAUGUUCCAUACAAUCAAUAUCAAGAAAUAAUUCGUAAAAUUUUGAACAUUUUUAAUCCAGGCAAAUUUACAACAACAAUUUUUGGUGGCACGGCAGCAACAAGUCUUGAUUGUCACCGUAAAUUAUUUUUAUACUCUGAUUAUGAUCGUAUUGAUCAUCAAAUCGUUUGCUUGGUUGAUUACGAUCUUUUCUAUAGUUAUUAUAAAAAGCAUCCAAGCUGA